CACGUUUCCUUCCAGCAGCAAGCAAGAUAUCCAGGGCUGGCAGCCCCCAGCUGUGGCUGUGACUGACUUGCUGGUGCCCAGAUGCAGGUGUUCCCCCCCAGGACGUGAUAAGGGAAGAGAUGAGGGUGGCAGGUGUCCAUGGAGGUUAUCAGCAGACAAGGCUGAGCUCCAUGGCACAGAACUCGUGCCAUGCUGUGGGUCCAUGAAAGGGGCACUGUUGGGGGGAAAGUUUGGUGGUUUGCAAUGGGGCAGAGGGGUUGUCGUAGGCAGGGCUGGUCCCUGGGCUGGGUGGCAGCACUAUCCCAGGAGUGAGUGAUGAGCUUGAGGGUGCCUGGAACACUUCAGUGCCACCAGAAGCUGCUGUUAGGGUGGGAGUCAGGUGCAGCUGAGCCUCCUACACAUAGCCAUUUGUGCCAGUUCUGCACCUCUUUGUGGGUUCCUGUGCUGUGGGGUGCCUAUGCCAUGCUGUGUAGUGCAGGGAUGCCCAGGGUGAGAGCUGACUUCUCAGCCUCUUGGGCAGUUCCAUGGGCUCUCUCCUCCCCUGUGACCUGGGUGCCCCAAGGACUUCUGAGGGUGCCGGGGCAAAAGGAGGGAGGGCCAAGGCAGGUCUGUCCUCCCCUGUCCUCCCCUCUCUUCCCUUGCUGGGUCUGUUGCUGCCAGACCAGCUGCCUGCUGGGGCUUUACAUUGAGGUGGUGUUGGCUGCUGAGGCUCCCUGGGACCUGCAGGGGCUACAAACGAUGGGCAUCAUCCUGCUGCGCUGCUCCAGCCUCAAGCUACUCCAUGCCCUGGGCAUCAUUGACCUGACCAGGGCAGGCAAUCCGCCAGUCCAAACUAAAAAAGCGCUGAAGCAGCGAUUCCUCAAACUGCUGCCCUGCUGCCGGCCCAAAUCCAUCCCCUCGCUCAGCGAAAACAGUGUUGAGGAUGAGUUUGAGCUCUCCACCGUCUGCCACCGCCCCGAGGGGCUGGAUCAGCUUCAGGAGCAGACCAAGUUCACCCGAAAAGAGCUGCAGGUCCUGUACCGAGGCUUCAAAAAUGAGUGCCCGAGCGGCAUUGUCAACGAAGAAAACUUCAAGCAGAUCUAUUCACAGUUCUUCCCUCAGGGAGACUCCAGCACGUACGCCAGCUUCCUCUUCAAUGCCUUUGACACCGACCACGAUGGGUCUGUCAGCUUUGAGGACUUUGUGUCUGGGCUGUCCACCAUCCUGCGAGGCACCAUUGACGAUCGCCUGAACUGGGCCUUCAACCUCUAUGACCUGAACAAAGAUGGCUGCAUCACCAAAGAGGAAAUGCUGGACAUCAUGAAGUCCAUCUACGACAUGAUGGGCAAAUAUACCUACCCGGCCAUGCGGGAGGAAGCACCCCGGGAGCAUGUGGAGAACUUCUUCCAGAAAAUGGACCGGAACAAGGACGGUGUGGUGACAAUUGAGGAGUUCCUGGAAUCCUGCCAGAAGGACGAGAACAUCAUGCGGUCCAUGCAGCUCUUCGACAGUGUGAUUUAGCUCCCGGACCUGCCUCCAGCUGAGCGCUCCUGACACUGGGCCCAGAACCUGCUUCUCUCUCUUGACUUUUCCUUCGAGCCUCCCCUCCACUGGCUGCACAGACACCCCUGCAGGAAGGGACCUCCCUUUCCGGAGAUGCAGUCAGCGCUGAGAUCUUCCCUUUCCCCUGAGCCGGCUCUGCUUUCCUCGGGGGAUCCCAAGCAGGUGCUCCCAGACAUCGGAGCAUGGGCAUGGCUGGCACAGGAUGAGCAUUUCACCUGGAUGGACCUCCCUGCACCCAUUCCUGGUGCAGAAGCUGCAGCCUUGGGCUGCAAUAGAGUGUUUUCCCCACGCACACCACCCCGUGCAGCUCCCCUAAUCCUGAUCCGCCCCAGCCCCAGGAGCCCUCAGUCCUGGCUCCAGCCCAAACCCUCCAGUGAUGCUGUCUAGAAACCAUUGAAGUCUUGCAAAGGGCCCCAGUGCCUUGGCUUCCUCCCCUGCCCUGGCCGUGUCCUGCCAUGGGGAGCAUGUCCAGCGUGCCAGCCACCCUCCCUGUCCAGACAUUGGGCCAGUGGGUGGGCGGAGGGACCAUGCCUGGAGAAGGCAGCUGCAUGGGCACCUGGGGCUCAUUGCUGCAUGAACUGUGGGGAGCAUCCCCUGAUCCCAAGGGUUCUGGUUAGACCUAGGAGGCUCAUCCUGACAAGGGGAGAGGGGAGACUAAAGGAACCCCGAGGUGACUUCUUGUGGCACAGGUCCCCCAGAAUGAAGGAUGCAAGGCUGAAAGGGCUGCAACCUCAGCCCCUGUCCCUUGACUUCAGGGUGCUGGCACACAGGGACCUCAGGGAACCACUUGGAGGCUCCAAUCAAGAGGUACCCUUUCCAACCCUUCCUGAGGACAUGGAAGCCAGGGUAUGAGGACACAUAAAAGAAGGAGAUGUGCUGGGCUCUGGUGGCUGUCCUGGCCCUUAGAGCUCACAGCCAUGCUCUUGGCAUCGUUUGCUGCUCCCAGGCCCAGGCUCAUCCCAGCCCACCUGCUGCCCAGGGGCUGGGGAAUGAGCAAUGGGACAGAGAGGUGUCCCCACAGGCAAAGCCCUGUGCUGGGGAUGUGGUUGAGCUGGCAACUCCUGGGAGAGAUAGCUGAGGCUGGGGACAGCCAGAUUGCCAUGCUGCUGGCAGGCUGGAGGGUCACCUUGGGGCAGGAGGGGCUCAUCCCCAUCUCCCAGCAUGGCCAGAUGAGAGCCUGCUUGGGGACCCUGGUGCUCCCCACAUCCUUGUCACCACCAGCUCCUUGGAGCUGGGUGUGUGCAGGCAAGCCUGUCCUGCCCACAUACCACUUCAAGUUGUAGCUGAGUGAUGCCCAUGUGCUAAUGAUCCCAUGCCAAUGCCAGAGGCCCUCCACAGGCAUUGGGAAUGUACCCAGCCUUGGCAGUCCCUGACUGUGGCUCUAGCAUUUGCAUGCUUAGCAGCCAAGGGUGAUUUGGGCUGGCCUAAACUGUAGUGUCUGGGAUCAACUGGGAAGGAGUGCAAGGCCAGCACCCACGUCAGGCUGGGCCCCAGACCCAGGCAGAGCCCCUGGUGUUGGAGACAUUAGAAUUCCCUCCUGGGGCUCUGAGCCAAAGCUACAGGGCCACUCCCCAGCGGGACCAUCCUUAUCCCAUCCCUUGUAGAUAUGAUGUGUUUUUUAGGUUCAUUCAACACAUUAUUCACCUUGCAGAAACGACGUGUUUUUUUAGGUUCAUUCAACACACCCUUCAUCUUCCAGACCUGUUCCCAGGUUUGUUGUGGGGCUGAGCUCCCACUUGCAUUCUCUCAAGGGUGGGAGGGCAGGUAUCCCAAACCUUACCCCUUGCGUCCCUUUCUCCCUGUUCUCCCUCCUCCCAGGCUCUCUGGGGUGCCCACAAUCCCCCUCCCACACGGAGCAGAUGCCGCCUUCUCCCUCACGCUGUAGGUCGCAUGGAGUGACCCCCUGCCCCGGGGCAUGGUGACCCACAACCCGCUUGGCAUCUCCAGUCUGUAUAUUUUGUAUUAUAACAAUUAUAUGGGUAAAAAACCCCCAAAAAACAAACAAACAAACCAAUAAAAUCUAACCACAGUCGCUAUGCACA